GGUGGCCAAGACCCCGCGCAGAGCCAGUCCACCCUCGAGUGGAUGGUCCCCCUUCAGGACGGGAAGCACCGCCACCUGGCGGCCCGGAGGGGCAUGCGCGGUGGGCACGCGGCGAUGCCCGUGCCCUACCGACAGCUCGCGCCUGACGCACGCGAACCAAGCUUCAGUCUGUGCCUGCGCGGCACGAGGCGGCUCCUGCCGCCGAAGUUAUGGGGGCACAUCUAUGCCCGCGAUUAGACGUCUAAACGACGUCACUACGCACGCGGGAUAUGACACCCUCGAGAACGUGCUCUGUGGUCACGUGGACUGCGCUACGGACAAGUCGCCAACGUCGUGGGAGGUGACAUCGCGCUUUCGUGGAAGUGACGGCUGAUAACUACGCAGUGAAGGGGUCUGCAGACUCCAAGGGAUGGAAGCGCUGCUGGAGCACUGGGACUACAGGGUGGCUGGAUUGAGACGGACACCGACAAAGGUCACAGGAUGUCGUUAGGGUAGCUAAGUGACAACCGUGUUCCUUAAAACAAA